UCAGCAAUCGAACAACAGUUCAAAGACAACAUGGAUUAAACAAUGCGUGAUCUCAUAGCGUAAGCUAUUGAAUACCUGAGAAGAGUUUUUUGCAUACAGCGUUGCGAUAAUUUCAUCGAAUCGCUGGAGGAACAGAGUUGCGCUAAACGUCCGUAUCGAUUGGAGUUAAACAAUCGUUGAGCGCUCGUAUUCAAAAUUUGAAAAACACGAUGCGUGGAUAUUUCGUGUAAGUGGAUGCCGGGUACAGUGCGGGACUUCGAUGAUGAAAAUCAUAUAUUGACUGCUGUAAUAAACUCUGAACAUAUCGAACCUUGCCAAUUCCUCAAAGAUGCGAGAGAGAUAGUGCUUGAGCAUGUGCAAAAUGUUAUUCAGAGACAUGAUAAUAUUAAGAUAAACACAAUGUUUAAUGGUGAAUUUGUGUCGGAUGAUAAAUGUACAAAUAAAAGUGAGCACGAGAAAUUAUGAACUCUUCUGUUCAUAAUUUCCGAUUUACAUGAGUGAUAUGCACAUACGCGUCGCACGUCGUCGAGCCUAUCCUGACAUCGCUGAAGGAAUUCCAGGAGCGCGAUAAUGGGUGGACGCUGUCGCGUAUAUUGAAUUUAACAGUAAAUAUAAACAUGUACAAUCCUCUUUCGGGAUUGCAUCGGGAUCGCAUUCGGGAUGUCAUAUCGAACUUCCGCGAGAAAUUAAAAUGAAGAGAGCUGUGGUUAAUGUGCAAUUUCUAGACAACGCGUGCUUUGCGUGGUUGCCGCUCUACACCCAGCUAAAAAAAAUAUGGAGCGAGAGUCAUCAUAUUCGCAUUACAUGACUGUAGUGAAUCUUCAAGACAUUGUGUGCCCAAUGACGCUGAAUCAAAUUAAAAAAUUCGAAAAUCAUAACGAUAUCUCCGUUAACGUGUCGAGGACUGCAUCGAGAAGCAAAAAGAAAAAAAGAGGGUUCUUCCGUUACGGCUCAUCGAUAUGAAGAGGAACAAGCACGUUAAUUUAUUGUACGUGCAGGAUUCGCAGGAUGAUAACGCGGGACACUUCUCGCGGAUAAAGGAUCUGCCCCGCCUCGUGAGCUCACAAAUCAAUAAAUAUGGACACAAGAAAUACUUUUGCGAUCGAUGUCUGCACUAUUUUGGAUCUAGCGCAAAGCUGGAUAUCCACAUAGUAGAUUGUGGAAAAUUAAACGCCAUCAGGUUGCCGAGCGAGGACGACAAGUGGUUGAGUUUCAGCAAUCAUUGCAGGAAGGAGCGCAUACCGUUCGUGGUCUAUGGAAUACGACCUGGAAUGCAUCCUGGAGAAGAGAGAGAGAGAGAGAGAGAGAGACCCGAAUAUGUCAACAUAUAGGUACCAAUAUCAUAAUGUGUUUAGCAUCGGGUAUUACGCGUAUUGUUCGUACGACAACUUGCUGUUGAUAUAUUAUUUUCGUCGCUGUAACGAUUGCGUCGCGUAGUUCAACAAGGAAUUCAGAAGUUUAGCGCAUAAUGUAAAUACUAUCCUCUGCUAAUGUUCCCAUGGCAGAUUUCUCGCGACACGAAUUGACAAAAGUUUAACAGUACCAUGCACUGCCAUGUGUGUGAAAAACUGUUUACGCCUGAUACACGAGUACGCGAUCAUUGCCACUUGACCGGGAGAUAUAGAGACCCCAUGUACUCAAAUUGCAACUUAAAUUAUAAAGAUUCACAUUACAUUCCCAUAGUUUUUUAUAAUUUAUCAUGCUAC